AUGGAUGAAGAUCAGCGGAUGUAUGACAACAUAAUGUCUGAAGAAGUUGAUAUGAAUGAAGAAAAUAAAGAGGAACCUGGUGUGAAUGAAGAAAAUGGAGAGGAGCCUAGUGCUCGAUCUGUUGUGUAUGAUAUUGGUUUUGUGGGGGUGAUUAUGAGGUCAGACACAAAUACUGAAAUUGGAGGAAGGACCUCAUUUGUUUUAAUUGGUUGUGAAAGGAGUGAACAAUAUAGGUCCAGGAAGAAAGAUUUAGUACGAAAAGUUACUGGCAAUAGAAAAUAUGGUUGUCCAUUUAAGUUGCGAGCGAAACUAGUGGUGGGAGGUGAAGGAUGGAUGGUGAAGUUAAUAUGUGGGAAUCACAAUCAUGCAUUGGCUAAGUCAAUAGUUGGACAUCCAUAUGUUGGUUGA